GAUGGGCCAUGGGCCAUGGGGCCAUCAUCAUAUAUAUAUGUAAUUCAUGAAGCUUUUCCUCCAACCGGAUUUGCCAAGCACAGCACGAGGCUUGGAGCGGCGGAGAAGCUCUCGUAUUGGUUUUUGGCGAUGGGGCCGGGCAAAGGUGAAAUGUCUUCGCUGAUGUCUGAUUUCCUCCGGCAGGCUGGCGGAGUCGCUGUCAUUGACGGCGGCCUCGCGACGGAGCUCGAACGCCACGGUGCCGACCUCAACGAUCCUCUCUGGAGCGCCAAAUACCUCCCCGCUUCACCCGACCUCAUUCGCAAGGUACACCUUGAUUACCUUGAAGCUGGUGCAGAUAUAAUAAUCACAGCAUCUUAUCAGGCAACAAUUCAGGGGUUUAAGGCUAAAGGCUUUUCUCAAGGAGAGAGCGAAGCUUUGCUUAGAAAAAGCGUGGACAUUUCCUGUGAAGCACGGAAAAUGUACCAUGAGAAAUGCAAUAAAUUUUCUGGUAAUGAUGCUGGUGAUAAUAGAAUUCUCAAACAUCGAUCCAUCUUAGUCGCGGCUUCUGUAGGCAGCUAUGGGGCUUAUCUGGCUGAUGGUUCUGAGUACAGUGGGGACUACGGAAAUGCAGUGACCCUUAAAUUCUUAAAGGAUUUCCAUCGGAGAAGGGUUCAGGUUCUUGCAGAUUCUGGCGCUGACCUAAUAGCAUUUGAAACUGUGCCAAAUAAGCUAGAAGCUCAGGCUUAUGCUCAGCUUCUUGAGGAAGAAGACAUAAAGAUUCCAGCAUGGUUUUCCUUCAACUCUAAGGAUGGCGUGCAUGUGGUCAGUGGUGAUUCUUUGCUUGAGUGUGCAAGCAUUGCUGAAGAAUGCAAGAAAGUUGUUGCUGUUGGAAUCAACUGCACCCCACCUAGGUUUAUUCAUGAUCUGAUUUUAUCUAUCAAAAAGGUUACAAGUAAACCAAUACUUAUAUAUCCAAACAGUGGCGAGAGUUAUGAUGCUGAUAAAAAGCAGUGGGUGCAAAACACAGGGGUCUCCGAUGAGGACUUUAUUUCAUAUGUGGGCAAAUGGUGCGAUGCAGGGGCAUCCCUUGUGGGAGGUUGCUGCAGAACCACUCCAAAUACCAUAAGAGCAAUAUACACGACCCUCUCCAGUAGAUCUGCUGCUGUAUCUUUGCAAUGAUCCUGCUGGUGUUUUCCUGUUCGUUGAGAAUUUUCAACCUAAUUCCCAAAACGGGUAAGAUAAAAGAGUCCUGACCAAGCUGUAGUAGACUACAGGAUCAAGUUUCCACCCCACCCCACCCCACAACAAGGCAUGAUGAGGUCGUCUUAGUUAAGCUGAUUAAUGCUCAAACCAAUAACUAAUAUUUCCACUUUAAUGUCCUUUCUUUUGUUGUUAAGAUAGAUACACUCCUGUGUAAAAGAUAUGUUCGAUUUUCAAUCAUGCUAUGAGUUUGGUUUUGUUUUGUU